GCGAUACUGCUCGUUUUCUCGCCGGUGAGGAAGAGUCACGGAAGAGGCGGAAGGGUCCCUGACGGCUCAGCAGGCUAAGCAUCAACCCAAACUGCCCGGCUAACGGCAUUUUACCCAGGAUUACAGGUCGGAUAGACGCCCAGACUGAAGGAUCACAAUGACAGCCGCACCUUACAACUACUCCUACAUCUUCAAAUACAUCAUCAUCGGAGAUAUGGGCGUUGGGAAGUCGUGUCUGCUGCAUCAGUUCACAGAGAAAAAAUUCAUGGCGGACUGUCCUCACACCAUUGGGGUGGAGUUUGGGACGAGGAUCAUGGAAGUCCACGGGCAGAAGGUGAAGCUGCAGAUCUGGGACACAGCCGGUCAGGAGCGCUUCAGGGCCGUCACCAGGUCCUACUACAGGGGGGCUGCCGGCGCCCUGAUGGUCUACGACAUCACCAGGAGAAGUACCUACAAUCAUCUGAGCAGCUGGUUGACGGACGCUAGGAACCUGACCAACCCAAACACAGUGAUUAUUCUGAUCGGGAACAAGGCUGACCUGGAGGCUCAGAGAGACGUGACGUACGAGGAAGCCAAACAGUUUGCCGAGGAGAACGGUUUGCUGUUUCUCGAGGCCAGCGCCAAGACAGGGGAGAAUGUGGAGGAGGCCUUCCUGGAGGCAGCAAAGAGGAUCUACCAGAACAUCCAAGAUGGGAGCCUGGACCUGAACGCCGCAGAGUCAGGAGUCCAGCACAAACCUUCGGCACCGCAAGGAGGACGCCUUAACGCCGACAGCCAGCCGGCUAAAGAAGGCUGCAGCUGUUAACCACAGACAGAAAGUACAAACACAUCAAACAGACCAACACACGGACUCCACCAGGCACUAACAAGAGUCUCACAUCCAGUACCGGUCUCCAUUCUUUAUUGGCACUGUUCAACCAUCUAUUUUCAAAUCCAGACCUCAGUUCACUACCCAAAGCAAGAUUCAGCAGUCUGCCAUCCAUUCAGGACUUCACCAACUUUGACCAAAUCUGGACAACCAGAAUCUAGAAACACACAAUUCUCCAGAGUGUUUACCAGCUCUGAAUGGGUCCCAAAUCAGGACCAACCUGCACCUCCACCAGAUCGUUCUGCUCAGAUUAAAUCACUCUUUAUCCAUAUUCAGUCUUAACCCAAACCUGUGUUAAUCUGAUUCUUAUAAACCCACAGCGCUUUAAUCCCAAAUCCAGAGAAUCCCUCUAAGAUUGGACCGCUUUCCUGACCUCGUUAUGAUCGAGGAUGCUUCAGCUCACAUGCAAGGCACGCUUACCCCAAAGGCAGUCCAAGAAUAUGAUUUAGAAUAACUCUGAAACCAGACUCUGAAGUCUCUUCUCAGUCUGGACUCUGCUGAUUUGAGUCAAUCACAGGUAGUUAACAUUUGGUUUUGAAUAAAAUUUGUGCUUCCCCUUAAACAAACCAAUCAGAAUGCCUCAAAUUGGACCAAUCCAGAUGAAACAGCAGGACAUCACAAUGGACGCAUCCAAAGUUGAACCUGGAUCACCAGUCGGGUACCAAUGGCCUGAAUGUAGGCCAGGCCUCGACUGUGCCAAGUCCAGAAUAGGGUAGACUGGUAUUAAAGUGAAGGUAUUAUAGAUUUAGCAUCUUGAAAGACUGAGAGACUUCACUCUUGGUCCAAGUCCACAUUGUUCUAAUGCCCAUUUCUCACUUCUGCAUUUAUAUUCAUGUCUUACAUGUGUCUGAAAUUCCAUCGAUUUGUUUGCUCUACCUGGAUAUUUCAGCUCACCUUGAAUUCUUGAUGCUCAGCAAUGAGAAGGCCUGCCUGGAAAUUUUGUUAAGGUUGUCGGCGUUUACGGUCAUCACGCAAAAAUGAACGGGAAGACAGAACGCAGCGAGAGCCAGCGGACGUUUGUAAUCUUCAGAACCAUAAAACCCACUGUAGAGCGCGCUGAAGCUGGGAGGACUUUACCCACAUGCAGACAUGGUAGGAAUGUACGAUUGCAGGCUUUUAAAGUUCAAACAGUAUGUUGAACUUACCAUCUGCUGAUCCCGUUUUAACUCAGUCUCUAUAAACAGACAUCUGAAUAUGAAGCUGUAGAAUUUGCACGUAAGAGACAAGAUUUCAGGUACCAUGAGCUGAUUCUGAGCACAAAAACAGGGAACGCGUUUGCCAAAAUUUAAUACCUAAACCAUCGCGUAUCGUGACGGCAUUUUGGCUUUUAUUGGCGUUUUUAGUUUACCUGCAUUUAUAAACGGUGAGCGGCUGCAUCCGAAACACUCAGCCGGCCAGCAGAGCUGCCAGGUCGUUUCUUUGGCCAGUCCUGUGCAAUAUAAGAAGCGACGGUAUAUUUCAUAUUUUGUAUAACAUUGUCUGAAUGCAUGAAAAUUACAGGAGCUUGGAAAAGAUUGGAAAAUUGCUUUAGGAAAGUCCUCAUAUCUGAGUUCAGAAACAUAUCAGACAUAGGUUGAGGACCCGAAACCCCGUCCGAAUCCGACAUGCAUAAAAAUUAAUUUUCAACAAAGAAUGACUGAAGGGCAGUCAAAACCCCACACCAUCAGAUUACACUGAAAAUUAUCUGCAUCAGUCCCACCCCCCCCAAGCUCCACCCAGUAACCAAACCGCCACACUUUGCUUUAUAAAAUCCUUAAACUCCUGUAACUCCGAGUCUGCCGCUCUGUGAGGAGAUGAAGCAGCUGAUUGAUGAAGAACCUGAACCUGAAUGUCACAACGGUCCCUCGCUGGAUCACGAGUUCAGGAUAGAUUUUUAUGAAAUGUCUUUUUUUUUUUUUUUUUUUUUUUUUUUUUUUUUUUUCUUGCUGCUGUUGUUGGUUUUAACCAAAUAAAUACGGGAUGUUUCCACAGCUCCCCAUUGUGGCCAUUGUUUUGCCUCCCUUCAUGUUGGUGCAUUUUAAAGGGAGGGAAAGUGGCACAGGUGGAAGUGACUCUUAAUUUAUUCCUGCUUGUUUCUGUUUGGUUUUGGUUUCCAUAUUAGGCCAGGAUUACACUUUACCCCGGUGUGUUCCUCUGGUUUCUGUUUCAUCACUGAAUGGUUGCACUGCGGUGGAGACAUCACUGCUUUGAUUAUGUGUCAGUUUAAAAAGUUCCACUCCUGAUGUCUGCAGGAGAUUUUGCUUUGUGAACAAACUCGAUGCCUUCUUGUGUUCUGGAUCGAGUUCCUGAGCGUCGACAUCCUGAAGUGCUUUAAAGUUUUCUUUAGUGGCACCAAAACUAUUAGAAGUUAAUUCAUGGUGUUAGAGUGAUCGCAGGAACCACUUCUGACCGUUCUUCUCUCUGUAAAACUCAUUCCUGUGCUAAAGGCUUCAGAAAGCCACAAAUGCAGCUCUGCUAGAUCUUGUACUUUUAAAAUCACUUAAAGCAGUGGGAGCGGUGAGGGAGAAGAUCUGUAAUUUUUAAAAUGCACCAAUUAACACAGCUUUAACCUGAAAUUAAUCCGCCUUUAUUUACUCUUAUUUACACUAAAAUUAAGAACCGUAAAAGUGUAAAUAUAAACAUGGAUGGAUCUAAAGGUACUUUUUGUAUGAUCCUCUGAACUUUUGGUCCUGCAAAUCCUUAAAGCUUAAAAAGCCUUAAAACUUUCACCACCAGGGGGCAGCAUUACACCAGCAGGUGUACUACUGUUUAACGUUUCCUUUAGUCCUGCCCCCUCAUCCUGAAGAGGCUUUGCCUUUUUUCAGCCAGGUGUUCUUAUCACAGUGUUCUUGAUGACUUACCUGGUUAAAGGUUAAAUUGACUCACUGCUCCACCCUGUGGUAUUAUACAAAAGUGCAGCCUACCGCUAACGAGCCGAAGUCGACUUACUCGCUUUGUCUCUUCAACGCGACACAUUUUGAACAUUUUACUAAAAGCUUUCAGGUAAUUUUGGGACUUUCUAGCACAAGAAUUUGCAAAAAGUAUCCGAAAUCAUUACACUAACAUUUUGUAAUUAUGUUUUAAUGUGUUUAAAUUACGUUAUUUCUACAUUCCUACAGUUUUGCUGCACUUUUUUCAGAAAAUUGGAAAAUAUGGCAUUAAUAUUUUUCAGAAUGUUUUAAAGUUGUCUGUAAUAUUAUAACCAAAUAAAAUGACCCCAAAAAUGUAAACUGAUUAAAGCCAGGAAACCAAAAGAAAUGAUAAAUGACCCUGUUUUUAUUUUUUUGUAUUUAUGUUAAUUAUUUGCAUUUUUACCACACAUUUAACAUCAGUUUAGUUUACUUUCAACUCUGCAGCUCAUUUAACUGGUGACCUUCGUUUCCUCUGGGAUGCUGUACUGUCAUGAUGUAGUUUAGGAUUUAAAGGGGGCGCAGUUGGUCAUUUACCACUCGCGACAGUGACACCGUGGUUUAGAUUCAGGUCCCGCUGAGGCCACGUGUACAUAUCAAGUAGAAACGUCAGUGUUUGAGGACUUCAAAGCCAGAGGUCCUCGCAGAGUUUCACCUCAGCUUCUGGGUUUGAUGCAUCCACAUCUGUCUGAAUAGGGAGCGAGCGAUCGGUGUGACGUCACUCUUCACUGCCCUCUGAUUGGUGGAAAGCAGCAUUCUUUGACUAUAAUGCUUGAUUUAUGAAUGAAGCCCCUUUCACAAGUGCACAAAGCCUUUCAGUUCUGCUUUUCGAUCAACUUGCAGUUGCUGUAAAAAUUAAAAACCUGAAGUUCGUUCUUUACUGUGAACAAUUCACAGCAACCGAAGAGAAAGCCAACAAGGAGUCACAGAAUUCCCUGGAGUUCUGUUCUCCAGCUUUCCUCGCUAAAGCAUUUCCAAAAGUCUUAGUUAAACUGAAGGCGUACGGCUGCCAGCAGGCAGCAGAAAUCUGGUGUUUAAAAUGGGGAAAAAUAAUUUAGGAUGGACUCCAUCGUUACGCUGUUCACGAAUUCCAAAGUUUUAUGUAAAAAUGAGCUGAGAAGGUGCUGCAACAGAAACCAUUCAUCUUACAGCAAACAACUUCAUAAGAUACAAUUUUUUUAAGACAUAAAUGCAGUACAUAAACAAGUUACUGAUUUUUUAAUUGUUCCGUGUGCUUGUAGCAAACUCAUUAGCCUGAUCAGCCUGAGGGGGGCGCUGUGUAUAACUUAAACAGUCAGUAAAUCGAAUAAGGAUCGCUAUGGAAAGUUGGCGGCUCGCUUGGAUUGUUUUCCUGUAACGUCUGUUCAUUUUUUUUUAAUCUGAAAGUAAAGCUUCUUUGAUUGUUUAUAUCCUCAACCUGAAUGAUUUUCUCAUUGUGCAACCAUGGAGACUCAGUAAUUUGUAAAUAAAGUAUAAAUAUGCUGUA